UACUAAUUUUUCUCUUCUGUUUUAAUUUGUAGUUGGCAAUUUGCUAGCUUUAGCCAAUAAUGUUUGGUUUUGGUUUGUCCUAUGUUCUUCAGAUGAUCGUGCUGAAGGUACGUCUCCAUUGCAAAGCUUGCGAAAAGGCCGUCCGCAAGGCCUUGUGGAAGAUCAAAGGGGUGAAAUGCGUGGAAAUGGAUGUGAUAACGAGCAAGAUCACGGUUUUGGGUUAUGUUGACAGCAAGGUGGUGAUAAAAGCCAUUCGCAAGACUGGAAGGAGAGCUGAGGUGUGGCCUUCGUCGUCUCGCCGGGCGGAUUCCGUCCGUUCUGAACCAAAUGUCGCUACGUGGGUGUACCAGUUUUGAUUCCUGGUUAAGAUAAUUCCCCAUCGGCCAAGUGGUGGCCCAUCAAUUAGAAUGACACUGUUUGUUUGUGGUAUAAAUCUGAAUCUGUUACAAACUAUUAUUUACAC